GAAAAAAAGAGCGUUCGGGUGUUUUCUCCAUUGGAAUUGCUAAAAUUUUGAUAUUAUAGAUGCACUUGACGAUGACUAUUUACAUGACUUUGUAUUCAUACGCAUGACCAGAUUUGAACUCGGGAUGCGACGUACGGAGUCAAUCAGCUGAUUUUUACCAGCCAACCGAGAGAUGUGAAAAAAGGUGUACGGGCAAGCCCUCACGGAACAAAACCCCCUUUGGAUAAAAGACCACAAUAAGCAUGAUUAGAUCUAGUAAAGAAACAGAAGAUAUCUGUUUUGACAGUCACUUACCACCCCUGUAUGUUUCAGCCUGGGAGGCAGCUGCAGCCAUCAGCCCGGGCAGUAUGAGUGGGGACGAGAGGAAAGGCUCUGGCACUUACUCUGUCUUUGUUGGCCGUCUACACAGGGAGGCAACAAAGGAGGAACUGUAUGAACUCUUCAAGCACUGUGGUCCUAUUUUAACGACAUAUAUUGCUGAUUAUGUGCAGGGUUCACAUAUCUAUGGUUUUGUGAGAUUCGCUGACCCCAAGGCAGCGCUGACGGCAGUGAGGGAAUUGGACCAAUGGACUCUGAAGGGGUGGAUACUGAAUGUGGAACUGUCUACUGACACUAGAAAGAAGCUGGUGGCUGAGGGUCAUCUGGAAGACACACAUCAACGACGUGUCCAGUCUGCCCCGCCCGCCAGACACCUGGAGAUGACCCGCAUGUCCAUGGACAACUUGCUGAGUGAGAGUCGACUGCGAGACUGCUGCACCGAGAUGAACAGACAGCAAGGCAUACACGCAAGCAACAGACUGGAUGCAGAGAGGCUGAUAGCGGACAUCAAUGGAUUGAAGUGUGGCAAGACAUCUGUCCUUCACGGAGACCUGAUAGGGCAGCAGCACAGGAACAUCUCUCACAUCAAGAGGACCUUAAUGAAAAGCGAAGCAAAUGGAAGGGUUUUGCCUCAAACAACCAAUACAUUCUUCAAGACUCUUCAAAAUAUCCUGGAAAACGUUGUCUCCAUUGCACAAGAAGUUGACGACCCACACGGUCCAUCUUCUCCUGGCUCGACAACAGCAGAUGGAGCCUGCUCCCAGCCUGGUGCAGGGAAUAGUUCCACCUUUAUACAACACCUUACAUAUGCCAUCGAGAAGACUAACGGGGUGUCAUUGAGCUUAGAAGAAAAGAUAGCCUGUACGUCAAAUUUGAAGAAAUCGCAAUCAGACUUAAAGUUACCCUGUCGUGACAGAACAUGUGAUGUAAGUUCUAGGGGAGGUGGAAGAAACAAUUGUGGAUCAAACAGAGCUUCAAAGUUAGAAGAGAGUAUGUUUUCUGAUAAAAAUGACUGUGAAGGUGAUGAAAUUGAGGCAAGGGAUUUGAAGCAGUCUGAUGCCACACAGACACAAGCUGGUGUAUCAUCAGGGAGUGAUGCUUACGCAAGAAACAUGGCCAUCAAUGUCAAGAAAAAUUAUUCAAAGAAUGACAACUAUAAACAUAGUUUCAUUGAUACAAGAAACGGUGUGGUUGGUGACACAAGAAACGGUUUGGUUGGUGACACAAGAAACGGUUUGGUUGGUGACACAAGAAACGGUGUGAUCAAUGACACAAGAAACAGUGGGGUCGAUGACACAAGAAAAAGUGGGAUCGAUGACACAAGAAACAGUGGGAUCAAUGACACAAGAAAUGGUGUGGUUGAUGACACAAGAAACGGUUUGGUUGAUGAUACAAGAAACUGUAUGGUCGAUGAUGCAAGGAACUGUAUGGUCGAUGAUGCAAGGAACCGUGUGAUGAGGAGAGCUCUUGGUGAUGCAGCAAUGAUGGGCCAUGCAUCAGAGCCUGAGCCUGAGGAACAAACAAACUGUAAACACUGUAGUCUAAGAGAUAUAAUGAGAGGAUCAAACAAUGAAGAAUCAAACAGUAGUGACAACUCUGACAGCAAAAGGUAUCGACGGUUUUUAAAACAUUCUGGAUUUGAGAAAGGACAAUGUGUGAAUACGGACACCUCUUCUUCAAAUCAGGAUGACUCAGAAAAUGACUCUCCUACCUCUAAAUUCAAACAAAAAAGUCAAAUAACUGCAACUAAGAAAGUCUGUGUUGAACAAAGGAAACCUUCAGAGUUGAAAUUGAGUUCUGAUAGCUGUGAAAAAUGUAUACUCAAGAACGAUAUCAGCUGUGACGAAUUGACAUCAAUGUUAAAGAACAUUCUUCACAUCCCAACCAAUGGUGGCAACCAAACAAAAGCUUUAAAAGAUACUCAUGUCAGUGCCUUUCAUUUUGAUCCAGAAUUAAACCAGGCUUCUUAUUGUAGUCUUCCAGCAAGUCAUAGAUCACCAGCAGCAUUUAGAAACUCACCCACUCCUGUACAUAAUCAGACAAAUACCUCUGGUUCAGCUUCACCUGAUCGUUUCCCAGCUGGACCACAGGUUACAAAUGGAUACUUGCCUCCUAUGGGCAGGGGCCUGUCAUCCAUUCUUGACAGGCUCAAAUCAAAGGAGAGAAGAACAGGGCCAUUUUUGUCGGAAAAUGAAAAACCUUCUCGCCAUGUUGACGGUACUGAGCAUGGAAAUCGCUUUCCUGUUGAUUGUCCUCAUGUUGAUCGUCCUCAUGUUGAUUGUCCUCAUGUUGAUCGUCCUCAUGUUGAUUGUCCUCAUGUUGAUUGUCCUCAUGUUGAUUGUCCUCAUGUUUUCUAUGCUGGAGGUGUUUUUCCAUCCAAUUCUAAUGACGAAAUUUUGACAUCCAACUGUGUUGAGUUUAUCAGAGAUGAAACAUUUCAUGGUACUGUAAGACAGAGGAAUGCUCGACCUAAGGCUCUACCACAGAGUUGGGUUGGCUCCUCAACACAUGGUGAAUCUCUUUCCAAAGCAGAGAUAAGGUUUCGCCCUCUGAGAGACAGCAUCAGAACCCCUCCCCAAGUCAGAUCAUGUGAAGAAAGGACUCAACCCAAGCCUAAUGAAUUGUCAUCUGUGUUAUCAAGUCGGUAUCAGUCUUCUGAUAAAACAUGUGGUACAAGACUUAAUGCUCAACCCAAGAUGGCUGCAACGAGCAUGCUUGAAGGUCGCAUUAAGUCAGCUUCGUCGGAGUCGGAUGUCGUUGCUGCUGAUUCUGGAGUAGAGUCUGAUUCCUAUCAGAGAAUCGUGUCAGUCAGAAAAAGUCAAGAGAGAGACAGUUCUAGGUCAGCCCAUGGUGUGUCUAUGUCGGAAGGAAGUCGAAGAUCGAAGGAUCCCGACCAGUUGCAGUUGUAUAUCAAACAAGUUGUUGGCCGGGGCAGAGGACUACUAGGGAGGUUCGAGUGAGGGAACAAAUCAGCACCACCAUUCAUCAUGAAUCAUUUAACAUUAUGACGCCAGUGGAAAUCUGUCACUUGUAUUACAAAUGUUAUUAUGGCAGCAUUACAUAAAUGUAUCAUGGCAUGUGUGUGUCCAAAUCAAGAGUUCUCAGAUGGGUUAGUUAAGUGAAAUAUUAAACAAUUUUUUAAAGAUACUGCUGGUAUAUUUUAUUAGUUUCUUUACCUCACUACAAUCCGUGUCAUAUAUGAAUGUUUUGGGUUUUUUACAACCAGUCGCUAAUCAAGACAGCAAUCUACACUGUUGUCGAUAGGCUUUAGUGUAAACAUACAAUGUGUAUGAAUGUCCAUUUUGUUCAAGCAUCAGAAUCAAACAGCUGAAGUAUUUCCAGAUUUUGUUUUUCUGGCCGUUGUAUUUUCUUGAGAUGGUUGAGACACAAGAAUCUCACAUAGCCAAGUUUCAAGUACAUAUCAGUUUACUUAGUACAUGCAUGUUUUUGUUUAUUUCGUUACAUUUUCUUCAAAGGUUUUAUUUGUUUUGUAGAAAUAUUUAGUUUCAUAUCAUUAAUCAUUAUAUGUGUAUGUUUUAGUUCAUAUAAUUAGUUACAAUUACUGUAUGUUAUAGUUCAUAUAAUUAGUUACAAUUACUGUAUGUUAUAGUUCAUAUAAUUAGUUACAAUUACUGUAUGUUAUAGUUCAUAUAAUUAGUUGCUAUGAGGCAAUACCGAUUUUGAUUUAAAAAAAAUAAAAUGUGAUGACACACAGUAAUAUUAUUCUGAGCAUAAAAAACAAUGCCUAGCAUACAUUAAAUAUAGUUAAAACUGUAAAGUUUUAUCACAAAUGUUUUAUUUUGAUUUACCAAGUUUGGUAUCUCCUGUUCGUUCAGCUGAAGUGAGACGUUGUAGUUUUUGAAGAGUCACUAUAUAUACCAAACAAAGAAAGGUAAGGUUCAUGAACAUUUUUUGGGGACAUUUUUAUGAUAUUGUGUGCUCAGUCUUCACUACAAAACAAAUGUGCCCCCAAAUAUUCAUGAUCCAUAAUUUUGACCAAUUUGACCUCAUAAAUUUGUGCAACAAACAUUUUUUCAUAUUUUGUUUAUGAACAAACUACCGGUCUGAAUACUGCAACAGUAAAUCAUUAAAAAUAAAAAUGUAAAAUCAAUUUGAACUCAUGUAAAACACCCAGUUGUACCUCUAGAGACUAGACAUUUCAUCACCAUCUUCAGAUAUUUGCUACAUGACUGUUACAACAAGAUGUCGUUAUUGUUGGACCAGUUGCUAUGUUUUUUACAAUAUUUAUAAUAUUAUUUCAUAUUUAGGCCACUUUGUUUUAAGUAAUUUAAGGUCCAAGAUUUUAUGUGAUGUUGGAUAUUAUGAGAGUAACUAACGAGCUACGAGGAAUUAUGGUUCAUCUUUCCCUGGGGAAUUAAAGCCCAAUACAAAUGUAUCCCUGCGCAACAGGAAGUGACCUUUUCAUGGCACAUCGGGUUCUGUAAAAUAGUUUUCUAUUACCAUUCAAGUUUAGUAUAUUUGUAUCACUUACUUAUACAAAACAACAUGCAAAACGUAAGAAACAUGUUAACUUCAUUGACAUAACAAAUGUUGACUUAUAAAAUUUUAUAAGUCAACAUCGGCAGGUGCUAGAAUGUAACAAGGUAAAACUGCAGCAGCUCAGUAAGCCAAUGCUUAAGUUUCUGAACUUGAAGAAUUUGAUGCCAAACAUGCAUUCCACCACAAGAUGAUGGAUAGUGAAGACAAAAUUCUGCGAUGUCUCAUUCUAUAUCAGCUCAGCUAGAGAAAGAACAAAUGAAAGUAGUACCGGCAACCAAUGAAACAACAAGUUAUUAAUAGAAAUAAUUAUUGCCAGGAGCAUUACAGAAUAUUUAAUACCCUUUAUCUGGCUUCCCUUGUGGGUAUGAAAUACUUCACAUACCGGUAUAAUUGUAAAAAAGGCAGCUAUGUGAAUUUUAAGCUUUGUUUGAAAUUUACCACCAUUGCUCAAGUACUGAUGCUUUAUUACCAAAGUUGGUAUGUUACAGAUUCCCAUCUCUAAUUUUGUCUUUAGGAAGGAUACUGUUCUGGUCCCUGUUCCACAAAACAAUCAUAGCACUCCUCCCAUACUUUAGCAUAGACUUACCAUCGUCGUAGGGCUCGUUCCUAUUAUCUAUAUUAGUUCUUAGGUGAUCAUACCUUAACAUAGGCUUACGAUCAUCGUAGCACUAAGAUUUGAGGAACAGGGCCCUGGGCAGCGAUCUUAGCGCCGAGGUGGUCGUUACUCCUUUACUUUGACGUAGGCUACGAUCAUCAUAGGGCAAAGACCAAUUUGUGGAACAGGGCCCUGGUUGCAUUGUUGAUAGUGACAAAGGCAAUUCCGCUUGUACAAUCUUGAGACUUGGGAGAUUGCAGAGUUCAUUUAUGGUUCUGAAAACGUGAACCCCCAUGGGUGACUCUGGGGCAAACUCUGGCACCUGUACUGAUGUUUCUCUUAAAGAGGAUCGGGGCGAUCGGGUAGCCUAGUGGUUAAAGCGUUCGCUCGUCAUGCCGAAGACCCGGGUUCGAUUCCAGACAUGGGUACAAUGUGUGAAGCCCAUUUCUGGUGUCCCCCGCCGUGAUAUUGCUGUAAUAUUGCUAAAAGCGGCGAAAACCAUACUCACUCACUCACUCUAAAGAGGAUCUGGUGGUUCAAAAUCUGUGACUGUGUGUCAGUAUGCAGCCCCAGGGGGUGUUUGUUUUUUUAGAUCCUGUUCCACUCCAGCUCACAAUGACAGUCUUACUGUACAUGUGAAGCACUUUCAGCAGUUACUGUUUCAACAUGAUAUGGGAAUAUGAUUGUUUUAGAUAUUAGAUGCUCAGAUAAGCAUUUUGCCAUGAAUAAAACGUGCAAAGGGCUGCUUCUGUUUUUACAAGGUAGCGUUUUCUAGUCAUACUUAAAAAUAUAUAAAGUAAAAUAUUUUAUGUAAGUUAUGCUUGUAUAAGAACAUAUAUAUAUAUAUUAACAACCAAAAGUUAUUAAACACAACAAUGUUUUAACAAGC